GACAAGCUGACAAGGUGUGGCGACUGGACCUGGUGAUGGUGAUCCUCUUCAAGUCCAUCCCUCUGGAGUCCACUGAUGGUGAGAGACUAGAGAAGAGUCCAGACUGCCUGCACCCAGCACUCUGUGUUAACCCCUACCAUAUUAACGUAUCCGUCCGGGAGCUGGAUCUUUACCUGUCCAACUUUAUUACCAUGAAUGAGAGCUUGUCAGGGAUCGUCUUAGACAGCGAUAAAGAUGACGAGAGAAUGAAGAGUCACCCAGUGCACAGUGUGGCAUACAACGGCAUCAACGGCAUCAUCUACAACAGUACCAUCCUGGCCACAGGCUGCUUCUCUGCCAGAGAACUAUGGAGACUCUCCAAAAGUGAGUCCGAUCUCGAAGCCUCUUACUCCAGGGUGGAAGAGAGAGAUGAUGAUGAUGAUGAUGGACGCAGAGAUAGGUGGAUAGAGAGAGAGAGAGCAUCCAUCAUGGCAAUGGGGAGUGGCGGCACAGGCGUCAACACCAUCAAGAUGGAGAACCCAACAUAUUACACAACUUAUACGUCCCCCGUACCUGACCACACACUCAUGGCUGGCGCAUACAGCACCUACAUGGAGCGAGCUGACAGUCCACUUUCUCUGGGACGAACACAUGACCCACAUUCUCCACUGGAACCUCGUAGCAAGAGGGUCCGGCGUCUAAGUUCAGAGGAGGACACUCUGGAUAAAGCAGAGUUGGCCUACUACACACAGUCUCCAGCAUCUCUCUCGUCUCACACAUCUCCGUGGCACUCUGAUAUCGACCAUGGUCCGCCAUCAGUGCACUCGCCUCACCUGGUGCACAGUGGUGGUAAAGUAACAAUAGCAACAUCAGGUGCGCUACAGACUGUAGUUAGAGCGCCAUCUGUAGAGUCUCUAUCUAGUCACGAACAACACACACGUGCAGUUGUCUCGCCACACCCACGAGAAGUGUUGCCGCCCAUGUCACUAAGCAGUACUGUGAUGGCCGCAGCUCCGAGCUACUACCACGAGGCGGGGCCGCCUUCACCCACUAAAUAUCAUGAAAAUGGCCAUGACACAUUCUCUGAUUUUGUCACACUUGUUUGUCAGGAAGCUCAGAAUACACAACACACUCAGGUAAGCCAGAGCUAG